UACGUCCGCCAAUCGAUAAGUGCUCCUCCAGCCCUGGUCUAGAUCCAUAACAUCUCUGUUUCGUCGCACAUUGAAUAGAACCAAAUUAAAAAAUGGCGAGUUUGGCUACUAAGGGAUCAGGACUUGUGAACAGGCUCCUUACUCAGGCGCGACCACAGUUGGAUGUGUUCCUGAAGUACGCCAAGGUGGAGCUGACGCCCCCGACGCCCGCCGAUAUCCCGGCCAUCCGCCAGGGCCUUGGCAACAUUAUCAAGGGAGCCAAGACCGGCGCCUACAAGAACCUCACCGUUCGCGAGGCCUGGCUUAACACCCUGGUGACCGCCGAGGUCAUCUUCUGGUUCUACAUCGGCGAGUGCAUCGGCAAACGCCACAUUGUGGGCUACAACGUUUAGUCUUACUAUAGUCACUGGAAUGGAAAUCGUAAUCUUAAAUCAGAUGUGUAUUUAUAUGUCUGCGAACAUUUCGACACUGAAUAAAGUGAAAAAGUAACUGAAAAA